AGUUGAGGUAUGAACCGUUUUUAAAAACUACCACUGAAAACAACAAAUCCAUCUCAAGGCCGUUUGUCUUUUAUCUUCAUUCAAAAACACUGAAGUUUUGAGUAGACGCGAUGUUUGGAGUGACAAUAAUCCUUCUACUGUUUGCUUCAAAUCCUGAUUUUGCUCAAGGUGUAUGGCGUGACCUAACGGCUGGUAAUGGAAUCUGGAAAGAUACUGGCAACUCGUGGAGUUUCAGUAUGCCGUUAAAUGAUGCCAAAUGGCACUACGGCCCUGCACGAAUUUGGACGACACCUGUUAAUUCGGACUACUAUGAAAUAACAAGCAGAAUACUGUCAUCUCGUUCAGCAAAAGGUGUUUGUGGACACGUCUUCAAAUAUAAAACAGGAAGCCAUCGUUCGCGUGGUUUGGUAACUAAGGCCUGGGGAUAYUAUUUGUKGAMWGCCAAGUAUAUGKYUAUUUCUACUACUGGGAAGGAAWRCUCUCCMAGGAUCAACUACAAUUACCGAUCAGGAAGAUGGUACAACCUGAAGAGUGUUGUCAAAGGUACCCAGGUCAAGAUUUAUAUUGACAACAAACUAGUCAAACAGGUUACUAUGACUGGCGCAGGUGCGACUUCUAAAACCAACAACUAUGUUGGACUGUGGUGUCAUGGUAACACUAAUGAUAAUGGGAAGAAGUUUAAAGUUAAAAAUUUACGUCAUCAUGMAGGCAAUCCCAAUAACCAGCUCAACUGCUCGUCCAAUCACAUGCAGAUAACGAUACCAAAGUCUUCCUUGCCUUUUGUACUCGCCAAAGACCUGCGUCUUAACCAACCGUCUUGUCGMGCUACUGAGGAUGGAAAGAAUUUCUACCUUAAGACAGGUUUUGACCAGUGUGGGACUACAACCAGCAAAACCAAUGCCAAAAUUACCUAUAGCAACCGUGUUCUUGGGASUCCGCUGAAGAGGAGUGCAGUCAUCAGCCGCAUUYAUGACAUCAACAUAACGAURUCGUGUUCGUAUCCACGUCAACGAGAAAUGACGUCAUUGAACUUACAUCCCAACACCACCAAAUUCAUCUCGAUUUUCCAUUCWCASGGCAAGUUUAACUUCACUUUGAAUCUGUUUCCUAGCAGCAAGUUCAGAAGCCCGUACAAUAAGUAUCCCAUYGAGAURCAUCUGCGUCAAGUGGUUUAUGUCGAGGUAGCUGUGAGAUCUAUUAGAAAAGAGCUGUCAGUGCUGGCCCAGCAAUGCUAUGCUACCCCCUCUAAGAAUGCUCAAGGUGCACCCAAACAUUGGUUGAUCAAAGACGGUUGUGCCAUGGAUUCAACACUUAAGUUCCUAAAUUCACCCAACAAGAAUGUGCAAAGGUUUAGUGUCCAGGCCUUCCGMUUCCUUGGUAAACACCAACAUGUCUAUUUCCGCUGUCACGUGAUAGCCUGUAACGGAAAUGAUGCGAAGAGUGUGUGUUCACGUGGCUGCAGCAAGAAAAAGAUCGGCAAACGUAAUGAAGAUGGAAGGUCAGUCAUGGUGACACAAGGACCAAUCACUUCCAGAGAACUGAAGAGGAAAGAUAUGUUGCCUUAACAGUUAGAAGAAUAUCCAACAAGAUAACACGACUGAAUGAAAAUUAAUAAUGAUGAGUCGGUACUAUUUGCAUCUCACUGACUUUAAAGAUAAAAAUCGAAUAAAAGAUAGAUCAAUCAAAGUUGAUAGAGGGGAUCAUAGUUUUAAAGGGGAUGAUAAAGUAUGGAUAAAUGAUACAGCUGAUGAUAAAAAACUAAUAAAAGCAACUGUGAAACCAA